GUGAAGUUCAAAGAAAGUUUCAAGAGAAGCUGGGCGGAGAAGAAAAGAAGAUGAUCAAGUUUUCCUUUCCUCUCAUCUUCAUCUUCAUCAUUUUCCUCUUUCUCUUUACUCUCUCUUUUUGUUUCCCAUUUUGACCCACUAAACCCUCUUUACCUUUAUCUAUAUUCUCAUCCUUUUCUUAACAUUAUAUCAAUUCUGAAUAAAGUUGAGUUCAUUUCAAUCGUUUCAUCGUUACCCUGCUCAUCAUCAUUCAAAUUGUGAACCAACACUGUGUACCUUUACCUUCAACUAAUUGCCUUUUAACAACAUUUCAACAUCAGUAAAAGUUCAACUUACGAGUAAAGACGAGAAAAAAACUUUGCUUCAUAUUUUACUUUAUACUUUUUACCAACAGAAGAGAAGAUAUUUAUUCCUGGAAAAGGUUAAUAUCAUUGUUCAUCAGUUAACAGAAUUAUCGUUAUCACAACCAGAAACGAAGGAUAAACCAAAAGCCAAAUGGAUAAAAUGUUCAAAUUGUUAUCUGUAACCCUGAUUUCAAGUGUAAUACUCUGCCUUACUCAUGGAACUCUGUGUGCAUCAAUUAAAUCACCAUCAAACUCAUUAUCAGCCUCAUUAGGAAACAGUUUACGAUCCAAUCCAAUCAAAGAUGCUCGUGAUUUAACCUGGAUGUUAGUCCAAGAAUAUUCACGAUUCUUGCUGAGCCUCUUUGAAUCGGCCCAGAGUCUGGAAAAAGACAUUAAAAGGCGAACCUACAUCUAUGGGUUGGAUGUUGUCGGUCGACCCAUUGAUCAGUUGACACCCAUUGAGAUGCUCUUAUCGGCCGCCUUGAGGCCUCGCAACUUUUACCACAAAGCAACAGACAACUUUAGCAGAAAGUUGUCCAAAGUUCAAAAGACGAUCGACUUUGGUAUGGAUGCAGUCGACAAGGCACGGAAAACUUCAUCGAUAUUGUACACUAUUUUACAAUCGAUUCCUCGAUCUGGAUGAAUCUCGUUUCAUUCAAGUCUAGUUGUUGAAAUUUUUAACUUUAUUUUCAUCCAAAUUAACCAUUUUGUUUAAUUGUUUUACACAAAUGUUGCCAAUGAAGAGAUUCAAAAAUCAUUUUUAUAUUCAAAAUUCACUUAAUUAUUGACUUAUUUUCAUCAUCAUUUUCCCACCAAACUAUUUUUU